AUGGACGCAGCAUCACUUCCUGUCGUUCAGCAGGUCGAGUCUAAUAACCAAGAAAGGCAAGACGAAGUAUCUCCUGCCGGGAGCGGCACAGUGCCGAAACAUGCAAGGUCCGAGGCCACAACACUUAUUACCCUCGACACAGAGAAAGGACCCUACACAUAUAGCGAUGCGGAGCAACAAGUUACCACGUUCGAUCUAGACGACCCAGAACCAGCUCAUGGUCCAAAUGACCCUUUUCCAGAAGGUGGCCUCCAGGCCUGGCUCGUCCUAACCGGUGCUUUCCUCGCGCUCUUUGCCUCAUUUGGCUUCAUGGUAUCCAUUGGUACCAUUCAAGAAUAUCUCCAAAUGCACCAACUCUCGACCUACACGUCCCGUGACAUCGGCUGGAUCCCCUCUGUCUUUGUCUACCUCGCCCUAGGACUGGGCAUUUGGGUUGGCCCACUCUUUGACCGGUACGGACCACGAUGGAUUGCAUUGUCGGGGAGUACAAGCUACGUCAUUAUGGUCUUUCUGUUGGCGCAAUGUAAAAAGUAUUGGCAAUUUCUGCUCUGCCUUGGAUUUUUGGGCGGGAUCGCGGGUGCAACGCUGACUACGACGAGUUUGGCCGUGGUGAGCCACUGGUUUAAGCGGAAGAGAGGGCUCGCGCAUGGGAUUGCGAUGGUGGGAUCGAGCUUCGGCGGUGUGACCAUUCCCCUGAUCCUGAGGGCCACGCUCCCUAAAUAUGGGUAUGCAUGGUCCAUGCGCAUCCUAGGAUUUUUGUUCCUGGGAUGCUUGGCAAUCGCGAAUGUGUUGAUGAAGCCACGCCUGCCGCCAUCUCCUGAAGCAAGGAAACAAGCAAUUAUAUCGUUGGGAUUGUUUGGUGAUUUGAAAUUUACGUUUCUGACGAUCAGUGUAUUUGGGUUCGAAAUCGUCCUGUUUGGCGCCCUGGGUAUUCUCCCCACCUACGCGAACUACGGCGACAAAUUCCCGCCCGACACAGGAUUCUACAUAAUCUCAGUUCUCAACGCCUCGUCGUGUUUCGGACGGAUCAUCCCCGGCUACGUGUCCGACUUCGUGGGCCGCUUCAACACGCUCCUCUUCAUGAUCGUCUUCACGUUGAUCCUCAUGCUCGCUAUCUGGCUCCCGCUGGGCCACACCUCCCUGGCGGCACUGUACGUCUUCGUCGCGCUCUUCGGCUUCGGCACCGGCUCGUGGAUGGCGCUUACACCGGCGUGCAUAGGCCAGCUCUGCGAGGCGGACCAGUUUGGUCGGUUUUACGGCACGUCCUAUUUCAUCGGCAGUCUCGCGGCGCUGGUCUGCAUUCCCAUCAGCGGGGAGCUGGUGGAGGCCGCCGGGCCGGAGAUCAUGGUUGGGUUUAUGUGUGUUGUUGCGGGCGUGUCGUUGGGGACAUUCGUGUUGAGUCGGUGGGCUUGCUUGGGGUGGCGCUGGCGCUGGAUGGCUAAGGUCUAG